AUGGCUCUGUACAUGCUCGACAAAAUCGAGAGAAAUGCAGCAGCCGGACGUGUAGACGAGCGCGAUGAGGAAGAUAAGCGUAGAUAUAUGGCCAUGGUGGAAGAAUAUGAAAAAUUCCAAACAGAACGUACUGCCACCAUGGGAUCUAGCGAAACCCAAAAAAGGAACAAGUCUCAAAACGAGAAUGGCAACGUAGCUGACCGCAAACGAUUGAAGCAGGGGGAUGUAGCGGAGUCCGCAACAUCCACCAAGCAUCGCUACUUCAGCGACUUUGCAAGAGACCAUCUUCAGACUUCAAUUAUUGACGAAGGUAGCAGAACGCCGCUAGCAGUGCAGCAAAAGUGGGUGGAGAUCGAUGUGAGGCUGUCGAGUCUCGUAAUGGAUUACGUCCUCGACAACCCCGAAGGUUCUCAUCCAGAGUUUGACUCAUCGGAAUCCCUGAGGGGAUACCGGGUCAUCAAAUGCGUGGACCAGUUCUCCUUGGACUUCCUCGCUGGGUGUGUAGCAGAGAUUAGCGACGCAUUCGACGGCUUGAAGCUCAAGCUCAUACCAGCCAAGGACAUCCCUAGGAGGCCCCGUGCGCGCAUUUGGUUACCUCCGAUAGCCGAACCUGGCGAAAAGUUGCUGCGGUGUGUAAAGCUGCAUAAUAAAAACAUACCAGCAAUAGACGAGUGGGAGCUCAUCAAAGUUGAAGAGCCGAGAGAGCCCACAAACAAGCCAAUUGUCCUAGCGAUUUGCUCCGAAUCCUUGGAGGCCCUAGCAGAGGCCGGCUAUAAGAUUCGGUUCGGCAUUAGAAAAGCUAAGGUAAGAGUAUUCCUUCGUGAAGUCAGCCCAGUAGAAGAGGACCCGGGCGUCGACGGUGCAGGAGAACUCCUUAUGGGAGUGAAACUGAGCGAUGAACCGGACCAGCAAGAUAGUCCAAAUAAAUCUGCAGCACUCGAAGUGUGCUACAGAUAG